AUGAGAGCACUCAUCACAGUGCCAUGGCGACCUCGACGGUCCUACUGGAGAAGUGCCUGCUGCCUUGGAGACCACCGGACCUUGCAGAACAUUGAAGACCUGAGAGAGCAGCUUGUGAGCGAGGGAGCGGAACUUGAUAGAAAGACCCUUGUGGUUCAAAGAUUGCCGCAUGGCUUUGGUGUAUGUGCUGGCCGAUCUGUAAAGAAGGGAGAGGUGGUCGCCUCAGUUCCCCGUCGGCUAGUGCUGGAAGUGCCAGUAUCUGGGCACAGCAGGCCAUCCCUCAAGACCCUGCCCUUCUCAGCUGCUGCUGGGGGUCAUGGACAGUGGUAUGAUGUCAUGGGCUUCGCAGAGGGCCGUGCAGCAGUGACGCAUGCUGCGGCCCGGUUGAUUGAGGAGUACUUGGCAGGUGAAAUAUCUCCAUUCUGGGCUUACUGUGCGGCUCUACCACCCCCUGUGGCCAUGCCGCCGCCUUUACACCCACUGAAGCGCGCAUGGCCUGUUGACCUCCUUGCUGCAAGCCCCAUGCUGCAGCGCCUCUACCGGGAAGCCAACUUCUUGAAUUCCAGAUGCCUCGAAGCCUUGGCCUUGAAAAUGAAUGGAAGCAGCCCUGAGCUACGAAGCUGGGCCCUGGCCGCUGUGAUCACGAGGAACUUUGCCCUCAAAGGGCCAAGCGGCAAAGUUGAAGCUCUUGGGCUGCUUCCGUUCAUUGACCUGUUUAACCAUCAAAGCUGCCACGAAGUUGGAAGGAUCAGCUGGACCUGCUCAUUUCAGGAGAGACACGGAUGUGUAGUGAUGGUGGCAGAUCGUGGUAUUGCCAAAGGGGAACCGCUUACAUUUAGGUACAUAGCGGCACCUGAUGCAGCACUACUGGUCCAGUACGGGAUACCACCAUCUUCACGUCCCAACUCACACGAUAUGGCGGGAUUUCAGGUCCACUCUGAUGUGUUGGACGGCACAGACAAAGGCUGUGGCAGAGACACUCGAGCGGAGGCCCGCCGCACAUUGGCGAGAGAAUGGGGCUGGACCGACCAGACGCAGCCGCUUUUAUUCACAAUCCCCGAAGCUCGCCUGCUCCAGUGGUAG